UUCCCAUCGAAUCAGGAUGAAACGCUGUCUGCCGGACGCGUUCGACUAAUCGUCACAGUGGAGUUCUGCUUAAUCGCAGCCUCGGGAGGGGGUGGUUCGAUGUUGGUCCCUCCCGUGGCCCAAAGUGGGACAGGGGACCGUCCCGUGGGGGACACGGUGGCACGGGCUCAACAGACGACCGGCCCCGCUGCCGCUACGACGACCCUAUGGCCUUUAGCACCUGCGCAGCCCAAUCAGGUUCCCAAUCAACAGUCCCAGGGCAUACCACCUCUGGCCGCUACGCCUGCGCCCGCUCACAAUCAAGGUGCAAACCGCUACGGACUGUACUCGUUAUUUCCAGGGGGUGGCGGGGGCAGUUACGUCGCCGCCACCCCCGCCACCCCCGAGCAACCGAUGCCAGCACGGGCUUAUCACGCGACGCACAAGGUUUCAGAGAGCGUGUUUUCCGCGGCGGUCGGGGUUGGGGUGGGUGGCUACACCUGGGGUGCUCCCACGCCCCCGCCGGGAUCGCCCUACAGCCCCGUGCCCGUGACACAGCUGGAGCUGCUGGCGAAAAAUUUGGCGAACCUGGCGCCCGCAGCCGCCACAGGCCAGCAGGCUCUAAGUCUGCAGGGUGUUGGCGUUAACGUGGCCGGUAGUCUGCAUCACGCGCAGCAUACGCAGCACACGCAGCAUACCCUCAACGUUACCGGAAUUCAUCAUCUGCAUCACGGUGGCCUCCAUCAGAACACAUUCUCGCCUCAGCUGUCGCUAGUAACCGGCAGUGCACCAACAUUGACCAUCAACAACUUCUCGUCACCCAACUCGACCAACGGUAUCGCGCCGACGACGGGUGUCCUCCUGCAGGAAUAUCAACCGCCAGGCGCAACAGCGGCGGCGACAGGAUGUACCGUCACCAUGAACGGUUCGUCCUGUCUAACCAACACCAGCAGCACGACCAGCAGUAUGAUGGUGCACGGUGGCGUCGGCAGCGGUGGUAACCAGGCGACCAGCAACCAAAUCGCCGUUCAAGCCACCGCCACGAAGAAACGUGAGGCUUUCCUUUCCAGUCAAGGCCAACCGGUGAAGCUGGAGAACAAAUCGACCAGGACGUCGUGCCUCUGCAGGAACAGCAACGGAAAGACAAAGGUGGUGCAUUCAGAUGUGGGAUGCAGCAGGACACUACCUGUCGUCUCGUCCUGGAACGGACAGGAUAGCAGCGCUAGUAUUAACAAUAGCAGUGCUAGCCUGACCGUAAAAAGGGAACCUUUGGCUUCGGUGCCCUGUCAAGUCGCAGAAGUUUCCACAUCCCUUCAUGCCACCACCACCUCUGUCAAGAUUGAACCCGUUCCACCGAAGUCCGAGAAUGGGAUAGCCGUUUCUAAUGCGGGAGCCAGUGGCAUACCGGUUGGCAUUGCUGUGGCGAGGCAGCGAUUGCAGCAUCAAGAAACUUCGACGUCUAUGCGCAAUGUGUCCUUAAGUCAUCACACGUCUCAUCACGCAACGAGUUAUCAUCAUUUCCAGCCGGACAGUCUAGGUUCCAGCACGGCCAUGGCGGUAGGCGGCACUACCCUGGUGCACUGCGGAGGGCCUGGAGGGGAGGAUCGUGCGGCCCACCUCGCUGCCAUUCCCUCCGGGGCUCUCGCGCCCUCUCUGAGCCUGAAUUCCAGUCUGAAUUCCAGCCUGAAUUCCACCCUGGGCAGCAUCAGCGGCGGACCGGCGGCCCCGGCCGAUACGGCCGCUGCUGCUUGGCCGCCCACACUGUGGCAGUAUCCAGCUACGGCGGCCGCAGCGAUGCCAACGGAGCCGGUCGGCUUUCCGCAGAUGGGCUCUGGACUGCAAGGUGGAUUACAGUUAGUUCGCGAUCCAACGACCGGACACAUUCUCCUUAUUCACGCUGCGGAACAAAUGCAGCAGGCUCUAGUGUGGCCGAAUUACUCGAACCACAACAAUAAUGUUGCACCGCCGCCACUCCUGCUGCCACCGCCUCCACCCUCGAUACAACUUCUGGGUGAUAUCGGCGGGGCGCGAUUAGUGCUGACCGAGAACAAAAGAAAACAACAAAGCGCGCUGCCGAUAGUAAAGAUUGAGACGGAAUGCAGCAACAGUCCAACAACCAUAAUCACGUCCACCGAGUCGUCGAAGACCGCCUUGCAAACCAUGACGUCUGUGACGGGAGCUCUGGUACCAGACGCAGCCCUGGUUACCACAUUGCAUUAUUACCCUCAAGCGCCGGCGCUGGUGCAAAUCAGCCAAGCCGAGCCUACUACUACGCACUGCAGGUCACAGGCCACAUCGCCGGUCUCAUAUCUGACACCACCUCCGGAAAUAUCGGCGACGGUUCAUGCGAUCGAACCACCGUCAUUCGGGGUUCAGGAUGCCUCAAAUCAAACCGAUGCCCCCGAAGACACCGAGGACAAGCAAGAGACUCUCGUGAAACAGGAGCAGAAUCUGAGUCCCUGCCAGGUCGCGUCCCAAUCCACGGGGACGAAUCUAACCGCUGCGAAUUUCGAGAUCGUGCCAUCGCCGACGGAGAGGAUCUGCAACGUCGUCAGAAUCACGACAACUACGACUACUGUAAAUCCAACCGUAUGCGGCAUCGUAACCAAAGUAGACAAGGCGGAGAAUACAAUCAUUAAUAUGGCCGAUUGCGCUAAAUACUCGGCGAAAGAUGGGAGAGGUCUUGUGAAGGCGAUUGAACAAGAUGCUCGUGUCGACGAGGAAGUUUGCAAGGACGACAAGAUCACGCCUAUCUGUACCAGGGGCAGCAGACUCGGCGCUAGGAUCAUUGAGAUCACUGAAGAGAACUGUGAUAGUUUCCAUGAGAACUUGGAAUUCUUCGCGAGGAGAAGAGACGUCAACAUAGAUCAACGAGAUGAUUAUUCUAAAGACGAGGAAAAUAUUAUGCAAGAUCCUAAUGUCCAUGAAAAGGAGGUCGAAUCGAAAAUCAUUGCUUCGGAGAAUAUUGACAUUCACCGUCAAAUGUGCUCUAAAACAUCGGAUGCACCAGUCAUCAACGAGACAAAGUCAGACGUAGCUGAUUCGACGGAAUCACCAAGAGUCAACUGCGAGAGUUGCGACAAGAACCGAAAUACCUCAAAUGCCGAAACCCGGCCCCAAAUCACAGUUAAGUCUUUCGAUAUGCCUAAUAUCGAUUGCGACGAUCAGGAAGUGCAACAAGUAGCUAUCAAGCAGGAAACCGACGACAGUUGCUACGAAGUGUGCUAUGAAUCAUCUCAGUGCGAGCCAACGUCCACUAGUGACAGAUCUAGAUUCAACUGUGAGAAAUCACCGCAAGAAGUAACGAAAAGACACUCAGUGGAGAAAUCCCAUCAUCCAGGUAUUGAGAACGUAGUGGAAAAGCUGAAGAAAAAUGCGGCGGCUUUGCAAGAAGCUGCGAUACCUAACGUUCAAAGAAUCGACGAAUCCAUGGAAAGAUCAAACGUGGAGAUCAAGCAGCAGAGAUACUCUGAGACGAUACCGAAGAAGUUGCACCUUCUAAGAUCAUGCCAGAACUCUCUGGAGAGUGGCGCGACCGAUACCGAAAUCUCUUCCUCGCAAACUGCAAUAUCGGAGCAACAUAUUAACCAUCAAUCGGGACAACAUUCGCCUCGAAACGACAGGCAUUUGAUCGGUGAAUGUCUGCUUAACGAGAACAAUAAUGACAGCAGGAGCAACAACAAUAAUAUCAAGGCGUUCGAGGAUAAAAAAUUGCUAGCUAAAAAUGAGAAGAAUGUCUCCCAUGAUAUCACCGCUUACGUUAAGCCUAAAACUGUCUGGCGCUGUGAGGUGCAACCAUUCUCGAGACCCAAUGUGACCCGUAAGUCCGAUCAUGUCGAAAACGUGUCUCCGGAGACAAAGUCCAGAAUACAGGGGCAAAAGCCUGCCAUUGACGUGAGCGGUCUCGAAUUACUGUCAAAUAGCAUCGAACAGUUGGAACAACGAAUCGGUCAGCCGGAACAUUUGCAAUUAGACACGGAUGUCGAAAAGUCGCCUGUUAGAAGCAAACUAGUAAGUCAGCAGAGUGAGAAUAAUAACAACAACGUCGGCAGUCCCCUGGGAUUACUCUGUGCACUGGCCGAACAGAUUAUGGAGGUAGGCGACAAGGUUCCCCGGAAAUUAAACCUCGAAAGUUCGGAGGAAAUCUCAAAUGCCGGUAGAUUACUGUUGAAUCUGGGCAGAAGCGGUUCUCUCGAAAAAGAUGAAAACAAAAGAAAGUAUAUUGAGACUGAUGAUUACCGUUCCAAACGAUUCAAACUCAAUGAUAGCGAAGAGGAGAUUAAGAAUGCAUCGCUAAAUUAUCACGAGGAAGAUAUCAAAGAACAGACAACGGAAAUUAACGAAAGAAAACAAGAUAUUUUGAAAAUAAAAGAGAGUAUCGAUAACAUUGAUAAUUUCUCCGAGGAAGAGGUCAAUAAAAUCAACGACGAAAGAACUAUUGGCUCGGAAGAACAAUCUUUCAACAGAGACGAUGAAGAUUGUUACUCCGAUACAAAGGUUGUUAAAAAUCUCCAAGUUCUUCCGGAUAAAACAUCUAAUAAUUUACGAAGUACUGAUGCGCUUUACGAUAAGCUCGCGAAAGAAGACAAUCUGUCGGACUCGGAGGGCGAAACGUUCGAGUCAAAAGUCAUGUCUGAACAGUUAACGAGCUGCGAAAUUAGAAAUAACAAGCGUAAAACAUCCGUCGAAGAGAGAGACAAUCACGACUAUAAAAACGCGCGAACAAAGUUAGAAGCGAAGAAGUUCAUAGCCAAGAAAGGACAACGCGAUAACGAGGACGAUUGGCCAAGCAUGAACGCCACAGAACUAGACAUGAGAGUUAGGAUGGCGGAUAUUCAGAGACAAUACAGAGAGAAACAAAAGGAGCUUUCUAAGUUGAUUCCUAAAAAGGAUGACAAGAAAACUCCUGGUAGACCGCGGAAGAAGAGUCAUUCUUCCAUUAGUUCCGACCACGGGACGUUAUCAUCACCACCUGCGCUAGAUUUUAUGACUUCUCCGUCGCGAAAAUCACCCUCGAGAUCAUCAAGGUCACCGGAACCUGAUGCAUCCUCGCCAUUAACUUCAGCUGUUUUAACUAUGCCAAAAUGUAACGUGAAUCUCGUGAAAUUAAGCGAGCCCAGAAGCCAUAUAAAACUUUUGGAUAAUAUACCCAGUAUUCCGAUAUCAGUACCGCCCGUGACAUCACCAAUCCCAGUAUUACCUAGCAAAGCAACACCAGAGGAUGACGAAAAAAGUACGGAAACGGUGGGCUACGAUACGUCAUCACCAGCACCGACUGUCGCAAGUUCGACUUCCGCUUCCAAGAAGAGAAAAGUAGGACGACCGCGAAAGCUCACGUGUACCUCGGGUAGUGUCAGACAUUUAACGGAGACAAUCGUUGCUAAAAAACCUAAAAGUAAGAGUUCUCUAGUAGGUUACGUACUGUCCUCAAAAAAUAGACACCUACAAACAAAGCAAUGUAUAAAUAAUAAAACCGGCUAUACUCCGUUGCCAUUUAAAUCAGGAAUCUCUUCCCUGAAGCCACAAGCUAAGAUGCAAAAAGUUACAAAAGUAAAGACAAAGCCAGCAAAACAAACUCCGUUGCACAACAAAAAUGUGAUUAGCUCGAUUAUCGCCGAAAAAGCAAAGCUAAGUCAAGAAGUGAAACUUGAGAAGCAUAGCAGCAAAAUAAAACCGAAGCUCAAAGCGGAGGUGAAAGUAAAAAAUUGGGAGGACGACGAGAACGAUACGAUACAACCCGAAAAUGUUCUGCCUAAAGAACCUUUAGUUCAAAAUCCUGUCAAGGAGACAGAAUGCACGCCGACAGAAUCUGCAGAACAGUCGGAGGAGCCGGAAAAAUUACGACACGAAAAGUCGAAGAAGAAAAAGCGGAAAUCCAGUUCGUCGCAAUCGCCGAAUCGUGAUAAGAAAGAGUCUAAGCGGCGCAAAUCCCUGGAGUGCAAACAGUGCGCUAAGGCAGCUGCGAGGACUUCUGAAAGCAUUGUCAACCGAUGCAAGUUAACAUCUGCUCAUCUGGCCAUCGAUCAGCUGCGAGUUCUCAUGGCGAUAGGCGGUCUCUUCUAUGCAGGCAGACUGAGCGCUGUACAAGCACCUGAUGUUUAUGCUAUUACAUUAGAUGGUGAACGUGGAAAUAGACCGCAUAUUCACUCCAGAGAAGAGAUCUUAAAAGACGCGAUUGUGGAAGUGUGUCCGAGUUCAACGAAAGAGCUACCACCCGGUACGAGAUUAUGCGCGUAUUGGAGUCAACAGUAUAGGUGUUUGUACCCGGGAACUUCUGUGAAACCUAUGGUACCUGAUCCACAACACGACGAGAAAUUUGUCACCGUGGAAUUCGACGAUGGAGACAGUGGUUUAAUUGUCUUGGACGACAUCAGACUUUUACAACCUAAUUAUCCUGUCGUAGUGUACGAUCCGAAUCCUCUACUCUCAUUAGGCAAACGACGACGGCAAACGUCGACUUCGGAAGACAAGCGUUCCACGAGCAAUCAAAUCAUUACAUCAAACAGUCACAGCGUUCCGUCGACAUCUCGGAAUGUAGCAUCUAGCAACAACAGCUUCGCCACAUGUCCAUACGUUUCUAACAUAGAAUUGACAAAUGCCAACGAAUGCGCCGAGGCUGAGACUGAAACGAAUGUUGAAACGAGCAGUACAAGCGGUACAGAAUACCGCAAAAAGAAGCACAUGAAGAAAAUAAAAAAGAAUAGAAAGCUACUAGAGGCUCAAGAAGGCAAGAAAAAGCACAGAAAACAUAGGUCCUGUAAAGAGCAUCGAAAGCAUAAACACAGAAAACAUCGAAAGCAUAAACACAGGCAUCAUAGUAGCAUUGGCGACGCGAACAGCGUAAGCAAUCAAGAGAACAGCUGGGAGGAGAGGAAUGAGGAAGAAGCAAUUACAGAUUUGCCGAAUUCAAGUUUCUCCACUAUCGAGGAGACGAGGUUGUCUGAGGAAGAUGAUGAGACUGAAGAACCAUUAGUAACUACUCAAAAAGAUAACGAGGCUCCAAAAGAGCUUGAAGAACCGUCAGAACCAGUCCAAAAAGAUGAUGAUGUUCAAAUGGAAUCAGAACCGUCGGCACCCAUUCAACAGACUCCAUUAAAGCCUGAAGAAGAAGAAGAAGAACUUGUCCAACAGACUCAAGUAGACUCGGAAGAAACGGAACCCAAUCAAGUUUGCGAUGAGCCUCAGACGAAAUCCGAAGAAUUGUCAGAAGAUGUCCAGGCAGACGACGAAGAACCACCAGAACCUGAGGAACCACCAGAACCUGAGGAACCACCACAACCUGAGGAACCACCAGAACCUGAGAAAUCACCAGAACCUGAGGAACCACCAGAACCCGUCGAAAAGAAGCUAAAGAUUCAGCAGAAGGCAUCGGCGAAUCGUUCCUCAAAUCGUGUCUCGAACAAUCGCACUACUGCAAGCCAAGCUUCGACGACUUCCACUUCGGUAAUUCGUGGUUCCACGAAUCGGACAACAAAUCGCGCUUCGACGAAUCGCACAACAACGAAUCGCGCUUUGACAAGACACGCUUCGACGGUACAGACUUCGACGAACAACAGCUCCGCGAGUCGAGGCUCAAAGAAUCGCGCUUCUAAUCCAACAACUGUGACCAACCCGUCGAAUCCCGUCGAGACUCCCAGUCCAAUAGCCCGGAUGUUGCCUAACAAACGCCAUUGGAAAUGGGCGAGCGGCAGUCGAGUAUCUGGCGGAAAUCAAUACUUCACAGCUAUACAACGCGGCAGAGAAAAGAUAAAUAUAGGCGACAGCGUAUUGUUUUACUCCUAUCGGAAACCUCACGAAAAACCUUACAUCGGCAAGAUUGUGUCGCUGUGGCUAAACCAGAAAUUAGAAAUGAGAGUCAGAUCUCAAUGGUUCUACCGUCCCGAGGAGCUACAACCGCCCUGCAGCCUAAAUCCUCCGGGCGGUUUGUUUGAAUCGAAGCAUAGCGAUUCAAAUGAUGUGCAAACGAUUUCCCACAAAGUAAUGGUGCUACCACUUGAAGGUUAUAAUAAGACACUGCAAGCGUCGCAGAGACAUCAAAAGGGUUACGAGGACAACGACCCUUACUAUUAUUACGCCGGCUUUUAUACGCAUCCAACGGUAACUUAUGCACCCGGCGUCACGGCUGUUUUAAAUGAAUGAGAACAGCUUAAGCUGACGAUUAAGUUAGCCGGAAUUACUUAAUCGCGGUCAGCUAACAAUUCUGCGAAAUUUUCGAUGCGACAACCGUUUAAAAUGAACGGCUCUCUUUAUUGCGGAGGAAUACAAACUUGAAAGCUUAUAGUUAAUACGCCAAUAGAAACGUAGGCGAUACGUUACACGCAAAAAAAUGAAAUAUUUCUUUAUUCACGUCUUUAUUACGUCUUUUUAUCGCGAGAGCGUUGCUCAUUAAGUCUACAAGGCACAAGCAUUACUUCAUUCCGCAAGAUACUUAAAAAAUAAUAGUUUUCUUUUCAGAAUAAAAAGCUUAUUUAUCAUCUAAUAGUAUUAGAUUCAUUUA